GAGUGGGGCAUUACUGUGAGGGCUACAAUGACUGACUGACUGGUUGCUCUUUUCUUGUUCUAGUGAACAAAGUGAACAUCAGUCAUCGGACUUUGUGAAGAGAAUCCCUGCGACUAUAGGUCAAACUAUGAAUGGGUUAGAGAGCAGAGCAUAAGAGGUAGUGAGGGUCACCAGAGCAGAAACAUCAGAAGAUCCAUCCACAUCAAGGUCUGUGAUGCGUAGUGAAAAAAUAGCUUCUGUGAAUAUCGUGACGGGGAGACGGGAUGUCUCUGACUGUACAAUGAAAUCAACACGACCUUCAUUCUGCCCUCAGUCUGGUAACAAGUGAAGGCGUCGUCCAGCUUGUAGAAGCAUCCGGCACCCAAUAAAAAGAGACAGAGAGUGGAACAAAAGGAGGAGAGAGAAAAGGAGAGACUAGAGAUGUAAAGUGGGGAAGAGAGAAGAGAGGAAGUGAAAGAAAGAAACUAACAUUUUUCCAGAUGGAUCUGAUGGUGCUCAAGGCUCUGGAGAGAGAGAAGGUUCUGGAGGUUCUUCAGAGAGACAAACUUGUACGCAGCACGGACGACGACAGGAUAAGGAGGCUGAAGACAGAGCUACAGGAGAUCCGAAGGAAAGGUGGCAAGAGUUUUGCCCGGCAGUACAGCGAAAGGACGUGUGCCCGCUGUCAGAGGCCGCUGGGAAUGUUCUGGAACUCGGGCGCCGUGUGCCAAGGCUGCAGCCACCGCGUCUGCAACCAGUGUCGAGUGGGCUUGUCCACCCUGGACUGGAAGUGUACCGUCUGCCACGCCUACAGGGAGGUUAAGAUCAGAUCUGGGGAGUGGUUUCUGGAAGAAAGGGCCAAGAAAUGUCCACCUGACACAGAAAGGCAUGAGACUGUUGGGGAGAAACUACUAAAGUCUUACCAGAGGUUGAGUCACAUAGCAGUUGUUCCGCCAACCCCUCCACCCUAUUACAAUGGCCCAGCCUUCAGCAGAUCAGGGGGACUGAAGAAUUCCUUUAAAAAACCAUUCACCAAGUCUAUAGAGGACCUGAUGGUUUCCCUCACCAGCCAAAUGAGAAGGUUCUCCAGGUCGCAAGAAGAUGUGCGAGUGAAACAGGAUCUUCUUACAGUGGACAACAGCACUGGCUGGAAAAGCCUCUCUGACACAAACAUCAACAAAUCCAUCAAUCUUACCAAAGGCCCCAGUCUUCCCAACCUGUUCAAGAAGAGCCGGAAUGAUGACCAGAGCAGUUUUUCAUCAGGGGCCGAUGAGGCCCAUUCCCUGGGCUCAGAGUGCUCAGGGGGAAAGAGGGGCAGUAGUGCUAGUAGCACUGCUACAGACUAUGGUCUCUUGGAGAUCAACAGAGUGACGGGGGAGCUAGAGCUCGCCAUCGCCUUCAACCACAACACUUCCUGCCUGGAGAUCACAAUCAACGGCUGCAGAAACCUUGCGUAUGGAGACAUCAAGAGGAAGAAGUGUCAUCCGUAUGUCAAGGUCUACCUACUGCCGGAGAAGUCUCAGAGCAACAAACUGAAGACAACCGUCAAGAGGAACACAACGGAUCCCAUUUAUAAUGAAAUUUUACAGUGCCAGAUGGAGAGCCCCCUGUUGUCCAGGAGUACUCUGCAGGUGUCUGUGUGGCACUGUGGGACCCUGAAGAAGAAAGUGUUCCUAGGAGAGGUCCUCGUCCCGCUGGAGGGGUCUAUAUUUGAGGAGAGCGCCACCCAGGGCUCCAACUGGUACCGCCUGUGUCCCAAGCCUGAGAGUCCAGAAGGGAGUGCAGUCGAGCAGGAUACAGCAGGAGAACUGCUGGUCAGAAUGAAGUUCACCUCCUUGUCCCAGCUGUCCUGGGUUUGCCACACAGAUGAGGUUCAUAUUGGACCACAUGACGUUGGUCAACUGACUGUUCUCGUCAAUGGUGCCAAAAACCUGCCCACUAAAGCAAACACCAGUCAGAACACCUAUGUGAAAGGGUGCCUGGCUCUCCCCGGGCCCAGGGAGCUUGUCCAGAGGACCCCUGUCCUGAAGAAUCCCAGUCCAGAGUGGUCUCACCAGCUGCUCUUCAGCAGGGUCACGCCCUACGACCUCCAGAUCAGCACUCUGGAGCUGGACCUCUGGGACCACGCCCCCUUUACCUUCUCAGACCGCCUCCUGGGCUGGGUCAGAAUGGAAGACGGGUCAUCAUGGCAACUGGUGCUGCAGACGCCCAACAUGUGGCAUGACUUCAGUUUACCCAUGCAAGCCAACAUCAACAGCAGGAGAACAUGAUGAUGUCAUCAGAGUCAACAGGAAAAAAAAGCCCCUGGACUGGACACUGUCUCCCCACAAGAAAGACAUCAGCAUUUUAAGGGCUCUAUUCAAUCCGUACUGCAGAAAUUCAGCGUUACAGCGUGAUUGAAAUUUAAAGGCAAUGCUCCCGCAUUAGCGGAGUCUGCAUUUACGGUAAACGUUGCGGAUAUCGGCUCAAUAUGAAAUGACUUUUACAUGACUGUGUAAUGCUUCAGCAAUACAGAUUGAAUAGAGCCCCUACUCUACCUUUAACUCUAUUUGCACUGACCGUCGGUUUCUUGCUUUGUGAAAGUCCCUCCUAUUAGCUAUUUAUGUUACAUUUGAUGACCUUUUAUGUAUUAAAGGGAUGUUCUACUCAAAAUACAACCCAACAUGAUUAUUCCACUUUCCUUGGGAAAUGGCCUACAACUAAGGUAUUAAGGUGGAAAAUCAUGUUAAGUUGUAAUUUGAGGGGAAUAUCCCUUGUGCUUUAAGCAUGCUCACCUGAUAACAUUGAAUGAAUGAGAGUCAUCAAAUAUCUGUGAGAAAGUGACUGUCUACAACACAAGAAAACUUGUGGUUGUCUUUCAUUCUUUCCCUUACAGUUUCUUCUUGUCCUUUCUCUUUAUGAGUUUCUGUAACCUGUAGUUAAACCCUAGUUAAAGUUUUUCCCUCAAGUCAGAAGAUUAAAAAGCAGAAAGUGAAAACACAGUACAAAGUUGAAAUCAUAGGAGAUCUUUAUUGCCAAUAUGCUGAACACCUCAUUUAUAAAAUCCAGUUUGAAUAAAGAACAGCGGGCCAGAG